AUGAAGAUCAUAUCUACCUUUCUCAACCUCAUCACCAAGCUAAAUUACCAUCCUGACCGAAAAUCAUCAGCGUUGUGCCAAUCUAUAACAGUGACGCCUCCUAAUCCUCAUCAUCUUGGAGUAAUUGCCAAAGCCUCAGCAAAAGCAAGCCCAGCUGUGACUCUAUGUUGUCUCGCCGGAGCCUGGGGCGAGAUGACUGAGAGAGUAAAACAAAUCAUCGAUCCAUUUGACAAGACAAGCCAAGCUCAAGUCCGCGCACUAAUCAAGCGGAAUCAUCAGGGCGAGGUAGUGUGGAUGGUGAUCGAUCCGAAUAAUCUGGCUCAUCAUCGUGCUGUCGCAUAUGCGUUUUCUCAAGGCAAAUACGGAGCUACACGUCCGAAUUUCGAUUUUGAGAAUACCUGUAGUCAGGAAAUGGCGUUGAUGGCGUUCUACACAAGUAAAAGAGCUGUGAAUUCUGAGUUUUAUGUGUGCAAGAUGAGGGCCCAGGGAAGGGAACCUCGACUCUCGAAUUAUAGUAUGUCACCCCGCAACGAUGAGAUUCCGAAUACUAUCCAUGGACUUGCAGCAGACACUGGAAUGGCAAUUCGGGCCAUGGACAGAGAGCAGAAUUCGGAUCCAAAUGCGAAUUUCGGCAGAUUUGUCCUCCGCAACGCAGCGGAAUUGACAAACGCAGACAUCACUGCCUUGUCUUCAGGAGUCAACGAUCUCAUUACCCUAGCACAUAGAGAGGCCUGUCUUCAUCGAGAAGAAUUCCUAAACAGCAUAUUUUUCAACUGGAAUACUUCAUGCCGAUCCCUCGGAGUCCCGCCAAAACUUCCUGGCAGAAUCGAAUCAGAUGCAAGCAUUGUAUGCGGAUCCUGGAGAACAGAUUGCUAUUCGUAUACCGAACGCAGGAAAGCAAAAGCCGCAAGUAAAUUGCCUAGCGAGAUGGGUUUUCCAGAAAGAACUGCUGUUCAGAAAGCUGGCGCCGAGGUACUAAUAUACGUAAGACCAGGCAUUGUUGCGCCGAAUGUUUGUUUUGUCGAUCGACGUAAGCAGUUUGGGCUGGAGGACAAUAUCGCGUUUCGUGCAGGUACUUAUGGUGAUUUUUUGAGAUUAGCAUUGAGAAAUAUUGAUCACAGAGAUGGCGACAAUUGCCGUAGUGCAAACGCGACUCUGUUGAUUUGGCUGCCGAGACGCAGAUUAUGUCGUUGGUAUUCGUCUCAGGAACCUGUUACUUGGGAUCAAUCGGGCGAAUAUAGUGUGCUAGAAGAUGAGGCUAUCUUUCAGCCGAGAAGACCUUUUCGGUGUUACUUUCAGGUGUUUAAUUCCGCAAAGAGGGAAGGAAUGGGUAUGAGAGAUGCGACUGCUGGAGAUAAUUACUAUCCAAAGUGA